AUGACUGAUACACUUCGCCUCUCGAAUGCACGAUGCCCGCCCCUUCGGCAGGCCCGGGGGACGGUGCUUAAUACCAUAAUGGAAGAUACCCGUGAAUCACACUUCGCACCCAAGAGCUGUGCCAGUCCACCGCAGAAGAGCUUCAUGACCAGCCCCAAGUUGACUCUCAAGACUAGUGGGCUUUCGCCGCCUACCAAUCCUCGACUCGCCCGGCUGAUGUCGCCUCUUUCUGCGGGCACCACUUCCUCAUGUUCGGAUACGGAAUGGCAGCAACAGAUGCAGGGGUUCGACGACCUUUACGACGCCACGGACGACGAAAUCUCGGCUGAUGACGAGACCGAAAUCAGUGAUACGUGCUUCUCCGCGCCGGGGUCCAGGCCCGGGAGUUUGGUGACACCAGUCACAAGGAAUUCGGUGACCUCGACGAGCAGUCGCGGUAGUCGCAAACGCAUGCUGACUCUUGACAUCCCCUCACCCACAACAUGGCCCUCCAUGAAUGGAACACACAAGAGUUCACCCAUUCCUCCGACUCCGCCAUCCAAGAUUCCUGUCUCCCCCGCGGCACUUUCGAUGCUUGCUCGCUCAGUGCCUGCAUCCCAUGCUCCGCCCUCGCUGGAUGGGAGUAUAUCCUCCGAUCAGGAGUCUAAUCUCAGUGCCUUCACUCUUGACACACAUUCCCUUCCUGAUACUAAUUGGGACUUGACGGAUAUCCAUGUGCGGCCCGAUCUGGAUGGAAGCCAAGAUGGAGACCCAAGAAAUGAGGACGGCAAUCAAGAUCUUCAAGAGGUGCCGAUUGCCAUCGAGAGCCCGCAGGAUGAUUGGCGCCACGUUCUUGGUCGAUUCCCUCAAAUCCCCAGCGCUCUUCAAGAUCAUCUGGAAGAAGAGAUUUCUCGAGAACCGACUCCGUCAGAUCGGGGAAUCUACCUGCCUGACAGUGCACUAGCAAUGCUGCACCAUAUCCCUCUCAAUGGCACUCCAGAGGCAUGGUCUGAAACUUCCGAGGGGAAUGACGAGAUGUGGCAGCUCCAAGCAACCCCAAGCCGCCCUCGAAGCGCAGACGGUAUCACACCAGCUUCAGAAUUGUCCGGCUACAGCUUCAGUGAGCUGAGCAUCCCUUCACCUGGUGGAUUCUUCGCUUCGCUCGCCCCUCGUGCUCGCCACACAUGGUCGAUUCCAAAUCAUAAUCAGCCUCCGUCAUCAGCCGUGGCCGAAGGUUUCUAUAAUUUGCCAUGGCCACGGGAGGAAGGAGAGAUUGUCGAGCAGGUAAUUGAAUUGCCCGAACAUCCCCAGGAGGAUCCGGUCACGGCCGUUCGGGAUGAUAAUGGUCCACCAACUGCCAUUCGACUUCCCUGUGAAACACCAACUCGCCCUGUCGCGCAUCAAGAUAGCCCCAUGAGCGCAACCUUUGAGGCCGUUCAAGAAAUCACGACGUCUGGUAAUGUGUACGAGUACGAUGAUACGUAUGACCACGAGCUCCAGGAGCGUGCUGCCGCCAGUCUUGAUCGAACCAGUGUCUGGCUCGCUGCCCAAGCGUCGUAUCUUGCCGCCCUUAAUGAGACCAAUCCCGUCAACGACCUUAAUCCCAGUGAGGUCUCGAUGCAUGUUGAACUCGAUGAGUCUGCUGAACAUCAAGACGGUGCCCCGAAAAAAACCGUUCGAUUCGUUGAGGGUGUACCUGAACCUAUCAGUCCCAAGCCGCCCGUUCUUGCUAGCAAGGACUCAAUUUACUGGCGAGGCUUCCAGUCCCUUCGACAACGAGCUGGCAAGGGUGAUGGUUUCUUGCACCGGAACAUGCGCUUUGAUGCGAUCCAGUCCUUCCGACUGGGUUUGGUUGACAUGCACAUUAAUUGUUUGAUGGGCAAAUACGAGCUCGUCCGUCCGGAGCGGCCUGCAUACAAGGGCCCUUUCUCUCAAUCGCCACGCAAGUCGAUCAUCACCUCCGUCCUGGCUGAGAAAGCACAGUUCUCCAAGCUUGAGAAGGAGCAGCUCGUCCUCGCCCAGCUUUGCCAACCCAUGUGGGCCAUGGAUGCUCUGCGGUAUUUGAACGGCGGGAAGCUACUCACCAGCCCUGCCGGAAAGCGACUUGCGCGCACCGAGAGACCGCACUGCACGGAACGGCCACGACGUCGUAUGGACCGGAUAUUGGAUCUCGGCGGCCAUGCAUCAUGUGAGUGGGCCUGGGAAGCUGCCAUUGAGUUCCCGAACGCUACGGUUUACUCUGUUGUCACCAAGAACCAGACCCUGAACAGCGGUAUCAAGGGGCCCCCCAAUCACCGUGUGGUUUCCGUUGCGAAUCUAUGGGAGUUACCAUUCGGUAACUGUAAGUUCGAUGUCAUCAGCACGCGUUCCUUGCAUGCUCUGUUGAAGACAGAAGCACCCACUGGAUUCGACCGGGAUGAGUAUGACCUGGUCCUGAAGGAGUGCCUCCGCUGCCUUCGACCAGGCGGCUUCCUCGAGUACAUGGUGCUCGAUGCGGAGAUUUCUCGCGCCGGCGCAUAUGCCGCGGCAUCAUCGGUCGAGUUUGCAUUCAACCUACGUACUCGUGGCUAUGAUCCCGUCGCCUCGAAGACCUUCCUCUCUCGUUUGCGAAACAGCGGCUUUGUCGGCAUUAAGCGUGCCUGGAUGUUCCUCCCUACGGGAGUGGAACCCAGCGAGCCACAGCCGCCACGAGAGACACCAGCUCCUCGUGUACCAAGUCAAAUUGAGGAGUACGAGGCAGUGCAGGGGCCGAUUGGAAGCACGGGCGAUAUCGCCAAUAUGACUGGUCUGCUUGGUGGGUGGAUGUGGGAGCAGUGGCUUGUCAAGCUCCGCCUGGACACGGGCCGGGACAAAGCCAAAUUGCUUGAGGGACUUGGAACAAUUUUUGAUGAGGGCCGGAAAAACGGAGCAGGCUGGACCUGCUUGUCCGGGUGGGCGAUGAAGCCGAAGCGCACUAGAGUUGCCCAGCCCCAUAGGCCGGGGAUGAUCUGA